CGGCUGUCCACGCGAUAUGUUACAAAGAGUCACGCGAUAGUGGCCACUUGUUUAGAAUUCCCGAAAGAUGGCGGCGGCGCCUCCGGAUGAGGCUAGCCUACAGUCUCGCAUCAACAAGGCCACAAACCCUUUGAAUAAGGAGACUGACUGGGACAAUAUCAAGGGAUUUUGUGAUCAGCUUAAAAAUGAGCCAGAAGGUCCCCAGCUUGCAACCAGACUUCUGGCCCACAAAAUCCAGUCACCCCAGGAGUGGGAGGCUAUGCAAGCGCUUACGGUUCUUGAGACGUGCAUGAAGAACUGUGGGAAGCGUUUUCACACUGAAGUGGGAAAGUUUCGCUUUCUCAAUGAGCUCAUCAAGGUGGUCUCGCCCAAGUAUUUGGGUGCCCGGGCUCCAGAGCCAGUGAAGAAGAAGGUGUUAGAAAUGGUGUACAGCUGGACAGUGAGGCUGCCUGAUGAGACCAAGAUAGCAGACGCCUAUCAGAUGCUGAAAAAACAGGGCAUUGUCAAGCUGGACCCCGUGCUUCCUGAUGACAAGCCCCUUCCACCCCCUCCACCCAGAGCCCAAAGUGCCGUCUUUGAAGAUGAGGAGAAAUCCAAGAUGCUGUCUCGCUUAUUGAACAGCACCCACCCCGAAGAUUUAAGAGCAGCAAACAAGCUCAUUAAGGAAAUGGUCCAGGAGGACCAAAAGCGCGUGGAGAAGGUAUCAAAGCGGGUGAACGCCAUCCAGGAGGUGAAGGAAAGUGUCAGCCUGCUGAGCCAGCUGCUGGAGGGCUACAGCAAGGAGAGCUGCUCCCAGAGCAACCAGGAGCUCAUUAAAGAUCUUUACCAGCGCUGUGAAAAGAUGAGGCCUACACUAUUCCGAUUAGCGAGCGAUACAGAGGAUAGUGAUGAAGCCUUGGCGGAUAUCUUACAGGCCAAUGACAGCUUGACGCAGGUAAUCAACCUGUACAGGCAGCUGGUUAAGGGGGAGGAUGUGUCGAAGGAUGCCAUAACCGUGCCCUCACAACCAGACAGCAGCAGCUCAGCACUCGUAGACCUGAUGGGGCUCAACGCAUCAGACAACACGGCACCAUCCAACGCAGAGCCCUCCAGCCUACAGACCCUGACUCAGAACAUGGGCAUCAGCUUGUUAGACGAUGAACUCAUGUCUCUAGGACUGAAUGUAACAGAAAACUGCGACUCUCAGAACUCGUUUCAGUCCUCUGAUAGCACAGAUUCAUCUGCUACAGCAGUGUUGCUACCAGCUGUGGUUCAAACCCCACAUGCUCUACCAGUAGGGGGCCCCACUGCUCCACCUAAACCCAUGGAAGAGCUGGACAUGUUGGGGAAGACCUUGAUGCAGCAGUCCCUACCUCCAGAGAGCCAGCAGGUCAAAUGGGACAAGCUCCAACCUCAAUCCAGAGUCACUUUACGAGAUCUGCAGAAGUCCAGCACCAACUCUAGACCUGCUCCAAACGCAACCACCAUCUCCUCUGGUCCUAACACGUACAGCCUGGCCGCCCAUCCAGAGCAACCUGACACUCUCCUCCUGUCUAAUCUCAGUCUCACGGCUGCUGAGAAAGUCUCACUAGCUGCUGCUGCUGACCCCUACGACAACCUCUCUCUAACUGACGUUACUGUGCCUCUGGAAUCAAUCAAACCUAGCAACUUAUUACCAGUGACUGUAUUCGACAAGCACAGUCUCCGGGUUUUGUUCACCUUUGCCCGCGACUGUCCUCCAUCGCGGCCGGACGUGCUGGUGGUAAUCAUCUCCAUGCUGUCCUCGGCCCCCAUUCCUGUCACUAACAUCCGCUUUCAAGCAGCUGUGCCAAAGGUGAUGAAAGUGAAGCUGCAGCCUCCGUCCAGCACCGAGCUCCCAGCCUUCAAUCCCAUCCUGCCUCCAGCCGCCGUCACACAGAUCCUACUGCUGGCUAACCCAUACAAGGAAAAAGUACGUUUGCGGUACAAGCUGACAUUCAACCUGGGGGACAAAUCUCAUGAUGAAUCUGGUGAUGUGGACCAGUUCCCACCUCCAAACACCUGGGGGAACCUUUAGUGAGAACGACCAACCUCCUGUCAUGUGAUCUGCUGCUUCCUUUAGAUUUAGGUUGAAGUUCUCCCUCAUCGCUGGCUUGAGGAAAGACGGCCUCUUUACACUCCAGUGGUGUCAAACUCCAGUUUGGUAAUACAAACUGACAUGAGACCAGUUGUGGGAACCAGCUUCUACCUUGUGCCUUCCUUCGCAGCCUUCCUGUCCUUAUUCAAUCAUCUCUGUGUUCCUGUGUUUUGCAGCUUCUUAUUCCAACAAUCAGUCCAACGCAAACUAUAAAGCAAACUGUCAGACACAUUGAUUCAAUGCAGUAACUUUUGUGGGAAACAAGUUGAGCCUUUUAAAAACUAAAUGUGUGCAUUUGUCUGAUUUGCAUACUGUUUAACAAUCCUUGAUGUCCCAUGUCAUGUGAAUUACAUGUAACAGCUGGUGUAUCACAUUGUUUUUGUUUACAAAACCCCAUUGCUCAACUUAACGCAAGUGUCUGAUGCAUUCCCAACUUUGGACAUUGUGAGCGAAAAUGUCCUGCAUUCUGAAUAUUGUCACAGUGUGCGUGUCCAGUGUUCAGAGUAGGGUUGCAGCAGGUCAUUGUUUUCUGUCAGUCCACCAGUAAUACUAUUCUGUUCAAAUUUAAGGCAGUGAAAUGCUUAAAGUGAUAUCUUACAUGUGUUUACAGUAUGACCAACAGCCAAAACACCCAGUGUGUUCAACUUAUGAUGUUAUGUGGAGUAGUUGGUAGUUAACCCGACUCAGCCAACUCAGUUAUAAGAAGUAGUUAGAAGUUGGCUAAUUGUUUCAGCUCUACUUCAGUGUUCAAUGAAGAGCAGCAGCAGUGGAUUUAAUAGUCAAAUACUAUCAUGCUUAACUUACUAGCAAACCAUUUCCUCUUUACCCGCUAAUGAGAACUGUCAAAUACAGAGUGGCAUAGAAACUAAAUGUAAUGUUAACACACUGAGGUUUUGCAUUUUAUCCAAUGGAGACUAAGUCGAAGUAGGAGUUUCAGGAGUUGAUCUUAAAUGUUUUAACAACUGGAAAAGUACAAGGAGAAUUCGGAAGCAUACAUAAUGAAUUGGUACAUAGUUUUUAAGAAUUGGCUUGGUUUUAAUAUUUGCCGCUUUGAGGAAAUUAUACUUGAUUUGUGUGUGUAGGUGUCGAAGCUGUGACAACAGGUCUUCUCCACAGUAGACUUGUGACAGUAGGAAAAGCACAGACGUUACUGAUAACAUUAUCGAUGGAUCUGUUCUAUUCAGGUGUUCCAGUGAGCAUGAACAGUAUGUGGAGCCUGAAACUGACGCAACUAAGUGGAAUUCAGCCAUCAUUGAUUUGUUAUUUAGACCUGUGCUUUUCCUACAUGUCAAAAUGUCUUCUGUGAAAGAGCAAGGAAGGGCACUAAAUCUCUGCCCCUGUUAAAAUGCUAUUUAAUUUCUGCACUUUUCUUUUUUUGGGACACUUUUCGACAUUCAUGCUUCACUCAGGAGUUUGAUUUGGAGAUUUAUUUUACAAAUGAACUUUCAUGCACUUAUUUUGUUUAAAUUUUGCACAAGAAACCAUUCCAUCUUACAGUACAUUGUCUUUUGACCCAAAGAGGGACAUGUGAAGUCCUGAGUUGCAGACAUCCGGUUUGAUUCUACCACAUGUGCCUGGGAUGAAACGUUUGAUUUUCAUUUUCUUUGUACAUAGAUGUAUACAAAUGACUAGUUUGAUUUUUGUUUUUUUUGUUUUCGUUUGUUCAUGUCACAAAGUCUUUUCUGAUAAGGAAAGACUUUGUAACAAAUUACACAUGAAAUGAUGUUACAGAAUCGGCCCAAUAUCCAUGGUCACUGAGAUGAUUGGAGCACGGGUCUAUGGUCAUUUCUUAGGGCCAUAAAGACUAAAAUAAAAUGAGAUUGGAGGCAGAGUGGUUCUGAAAUACACGUGCAACUCCAAAUGUGUGUAACUACAAUCGGGACAGAGCUGGAGACUCAGUUUAUAGUGGAUCAAUACAAGAAUUACCCACUUAAUAAUAUGGAUUCAGUUAUACACUUCUACUUGAAAGCCAGUGUUACAUUUAAUUUAGUAGAUUAGCCCACAUCAGCAGUCAUCACACAGUGCCAUUGAUUUGUAAUAAUAUAAAUCAGUUAUUUCAGUUCCACAGAGAUUUCAGUUUUUAUUUGUUUAGAGAUACAUUUACAUGUCUAACUUGUUUAGGACUGGAAGGAAGAAAGCAAUAAUGACAAAAGAAGUAGCCUCAGUAACCUUUAACCUUCAGUCCUUCAUGGCUCAAGCACAUUGUAAAUAAUGAACAUUUGCGCUCCUAGCAUGAUGUACUGUGAACUAUGCAUUGAAAGCAUCAGAUUCAGAUCAGAUUUAUUUUGUGUAAGACCACACAUACUAAAGUUUUAUGUUUAUUGCAGCCUCUAUCGUGUCCAUAUCGUCUUUAGGGUGUACAGUGGCACAUUCUCUGACUGGAGAAGCAUGAUCAGCAGAUGCUAAAAUUAGUCCCGUCUGGCUUCUUCUACCAGGCGUAUGGUGGUGAUGAUGACACAGACUGAAGCUCUUCCUUCUGGACAGAGAAGGUAUUAACUCAGCAUUCAUCUUUGAUUUGUCAUCCCUGUCUGCACUGACGGGACUGGAGUUACAGUAGCAGCGACCGCACCCUUCCCACAACUAGGAAAAAUGUAACGUGAGACAGGGGACUUGUGUGUUGUAGCCACGCUAUUUCAUGUCUGGUUCUAGUGUUCACUGAGGUGAAUUUAGAGGGUAUGCUAUGAAGUAAGUUAUUGCAGAGUUACCCCUUUACAGAACCUAUUGAUCAAACUUGAUCACUGUGCAUGCAAUGUUGUCACUCUUGUCCUGCCUGGAAAGACAUGAAUCGGACUGGACCUCCCACAUAAACUAGGACUGACAACAAGAAAACAACUUUACAAACCUGUAACUUGAGACCCCUAAGUGAUUCAAUCAAUUAAACUGGAUCUGAUUCAGAUUUUCAAGAACAAAAAAGUAGAGCAAAACUAAGUGUUGUGACGAAGCCUGUACAGUAUUACUGAGGAAACAGUCUUUUCCAUUUGUGCUUUUAAUGUAAAUAAAAGCUUCAUGCCAUUAUGUAUAUUUAUCAAGAAAAGCAACAUACAUGUACAUACUGCUGGGUACAAAGUGAAAAUGUACUAUAAAUGUGUAUUUAAGGCAAAUAAAAUCAUUUGUACAGGGAUUUCACCUGAUGUAUAAAUAAUUUAAUCAAUAACUUGCAAAGUAGGAGAAAAUACAAUUUUGAUUCAUUUGUUUAUUAAGAAAGCACUGUAAAAAGAACACAAUAAAUGAAGGAGGAAUCAAUCCACAUGAAUAUGUGUCUGCAUUAGUUCACAUCGGUUUUUUACUACAGGACAGAAAAAAGUGAAGACAUGCACAAUAUAAUGUAUCUGAAUCUAGUGUGACAGUCUAUUACACUAAACAAACUAAAAUAGUGGUUGCAUGGUAUCAAAAGACUCACAACUUGAAUGCAUUAUUUCAGUGUUUACAAUAACACAAACUCAAAAUCAAUGCAAUAGGAGAAAGAAAAUAUACUGCUAGUCAAAACAUAAUUCUCCCUCAAA